AAAACUAGGAAAAUGAUUAAGGAAAAUUCGUUAACUUACAGUAACGUUGAUAAUGUAAAAUUAUUUGGAAUUUUAGUGUUGUGUGACGAUGCAGAACUGCAAGAUUGUGUUUUGCUUGAUUUUAUUAUGGAUCAAUUUUUUUCGAAGUUUUAGUGUCGUUGUGGUUGGUGAACCACAAAAUUUGAUUUCAAUUAACGAGACCGCAAAUAUGGAAGUAAAAAAGAAACUUGAAAAUGUUAACAUGAAAGCCUUACAUCAAACAAGAAAUUUGAAAUCUAAAUGUUUACAAAUCGAUUUAAAUAAAGAAGUUCCUAAAUGUGACUUACAACAAAAUGACACUAAAUUAUUAAUUAAUCUAAAACGAAUACAAACAGGAAAUUGUGAAUUUUAUUAUCAUUUGGUGAUAAAUGGUAGCAAUGAAGGGUGUGCACACGCAGUACACAUUACACACAUAGUUAAAACUGUAAAUGACAAAAAUUUUAUGAAUGAUGUGUCUAUUUGGUGUGGACUAUCUAACUAUACAGUUGAUUUAGGAAUCAGUUGGAAUAAGGAUAUUAUUGUCCAGCAUAAAAAUAUAUGUGCUAUAACAGCAGGACCAAUAGCUCCACGUCCAAUUAGAGAAAUAAGGGUUUAUGAGGAAACCAACACAUCAGUUUCCAUUAGAUGGCCUGAACCUUAUCCAAAAAAUGGCAUUUUGGAAUUAAUCACAAUUGAGUAUAAAAAAAAAGAUAAAGGGGAUUUUGGAAAUAUUGCUAGCGUAGAAUGGAUUGAACGUAACAUAACUAAACCAAAAGCAUGUGAAAUUUGGGAGAGGAAUUUUUGUGUAACUCUUCAUAAUUUAACCAUGAAUGAAAAAUAUUCUAUAAAGAUAAAAGCAAAAAAUAAGGACGUAGAAGAAUUUUCCAACGUUGGUACUAGUGUGGAUGCAUUGACAACAGAAAAUGCUCCAGCAUCUCCCAUUAAAAUAGCUACAAUUUGGGAUGAUUUUUUAAAUUUAACAAUCAAUUGUUCGUAUCCUUUGAACGCCAAAGGACCAAUUCUUCUACUCGCCAAGAAAUAA